AUGGUCUCUAAGCAAGUUGACGCGGAUGUUACACGGCAUUUACCGAAAAAACUGAAUCCUCUGCUCGCGCCCGACAAGACGCCAGAGCAUGCGGAGCUUACCAACAUGCGACGACUAGGACAGACAGAUCUAUCUGUUCGACCUGGCCAGGUGGGUGGAAACAAUGCCACCAAGCCGGAGUACUUAGGUCGGUUCGACUACGCCCACCUACGAGCUCCUCUACCAGAGGACCUAAAGGGAUCUGGGAUAUUCGCGCCCCAACAGCAUCAGCCCCCGCCUUCCUCGUACUUUCUUAUGAGGAGAAGUAGCGACGGGUUCAUCAGCGCGACGGGCAUGUUUAAAGCUGCAUUUCCCUGGGCGAAGCAUUCGGAAGAGCUUUCAGAAAAAGAAUACGUAAAGGGUCUGUCGUCUACCGCGCAGGACGAAAUCGCGGGUAAUGUAUGGAUAUCUGAGCAUCUUGACUCAACAUCAAUUCAACCCGCGUCGGAUGACCCAAUGGCAAAAUCUAUCUCUCCGCCGCCUCCAUUCAAAGUUACCGCAGGAGACAAGGCGCAUCUCCCUCCUCCGAACGGCACGCCAGCUCGAGGUGUUCGCGCCACAACCCCCAAGACUAGAGGGAGGCCAAGGGCAGGCUCGCCUGAAAAGAAGGCAGGCAGUCCACAAAAAAGUGCCAAGCGUUCAAGACCUACCAAGGCAAUGAAAGAGGCGAACGCUGCGACAGCGCGGGAGGCCAGCGCAUCAUUGCAGUCGGCAUUGAACGAUGCAGCAUCGGUUGCGGAUGGCGAGUCUGUGACUGAGGAUAAGGUGAAGGUAGACAUUGAUACCACGGUCGAAAAGAAAGGGGAUAUUGAAACGACGACUACUAACGUCAAGAUUGAGAUGCCUAAAGGCGAACCAGACCUACCUUUACCAGAAAGACCCGAGGAGAUGAUUGCGAAGGCAAAGGAGAUGGUUAUCGAGGCGCAAAAGAUGAACAAGGAAGGAACAGCUUCAAGCUCAAAGCGGAAAGCAGAGGAACUCGAGGAGAGUUCAGAUCUCGAGGGCGAUGGCGAAUCUCAUCCCGCGAAGAGAGCCCGAGUGCUCGAGCAGCAGAUACGGAAGGAAAAGAUCCGCAACAGGUCUCUAAUUGGGGUUGUAGCAGCGGCAGCUAUUGGAGUCAGUGUCCCGUACUUCUUUGGAUAG